AUGGAGCUGAGACCUGAUGCCAACCACAAGGAGAAUGUGCCCCCCAGGCCUGCGGCGCCCCUGAGGCCAGAGCAGCCCAGGUUCCUGAAGAGCCGAGAUGUCGGCCUGGGCAGUGGACUUGGCCGGUGGGCGCGCUCGUACCAGGCCCAGAGGGGAGGGCCUGCCGCCACACCCUCCCCAGGGGCCGAGCUGCACCAGGAGACUUGCCGUGUCCAGACCAACCUGGCUGGCCCAAGCCCCGGCCUGAGCCUCGUCCUGAAGGACACAACCGGCCGGAUGAUGAACUCAAGCUUGCAACAGCAGAGCAACCUGGAGCGCCCGGCCAGCAGGCCCCAGGGGAGGGCCCGAGAGCUCGCCAUCCAGCAGAAUAACCUGAGCAUGAGGGGGACCAGCUCGGCUGAGUGCAGAAGUCACAUCAGUCCCCACCUCUGGCCCCACACGACCCCUCUGUCCCCACACGAUCCUCGCCCCCAAGGAUCACUGGUUUGCCCAUCCUCCAGACUGAGACAGUCCCGGCUGCUGGCCACAGACUCCCCUGGCCCAGACGUCCAACCCGCUGCAGGCUUUGCCCCUUUCAAUGGGCACACACGGCCAGGCUCCAGACCCUGGUGUGGCCUGGGGAGCUGGCCCUCUAGGCUCAGGGGGGAGCCCCUCACCCUGGAAGACCUGACUGUCCCUGUCCAGAGCCAAGCUCGGGGCCCAUCCCAAACUGCCAUCCACCAACUGCUGGCCUCCGUGCGACACCUGGAGCACGCAGUUGCCCGUCUCGGGUGCCAGGCGUCCCAGGAACCCAGCAGUGGCCAGGUACUCCCUGCCCACGCCCAGCCCAGCCAACCUGUUCUUGCUUCCUGGGAUGGGAGGAAGAAACACCUGCCAGGUCUCAGGGAAACUGCCAAUUUCCCAGAGACACAAGGGACCCAGGCUGGCCUCUCAGACUCUCAGGCAAACAGGAAGCCUGCGUCCCUGGAGACCACGCUGGGGAUCCUGACUGGGGAUUUCCUUGACCCUAAGCAGGGGGUCCUUCUGGCCAAGCCCCUGAGGCAAGGAGAGAACUUCUCCCCGGGGCCGACAUACGGCAGCGGGCAGAGGGGAGGCCCCUGGCUCCCUCGAGGGGUGGGCAGCAAGGAGGCCAGGCUCUGCUCUCCGGCCCACUCCCGUGUGGCCCGGGGCGUCCCAGCUGGGCAGAAGGGGGGGCAGGUGACUCUGCUGGAGCAGGUCAGCAAGGAGGAAGAGAGGAGGGCUUCCUGCCCAGCAGACGCAGCCCCAACAAGGAGCACCAUGCAGGUAGAGGCCAGAGGAGGCCGGGUGUGGGAGCUGGGGGACCUCAGAAGGACUCCUCCCAGGAACUCUCAUGGCCAGCUGGCUGCCACUACCCUGUUAGACCCCCUUCCCCCGGAAAAGGAGGCCUUGGAACUGUGUCAUGUCCUUUUGCUUUCCAAGAAAAAAGCCCGAAACGUGGUGAGCCUGGAGUCCAAGACAGCCCGCUGGCAGUGGCUGUCCAGAUGUUUUGGAGCCUGGUGGCACUUGGUGCAGGAACGGCGGACAGCGGCUGCAGCAGAGGCCCUGGGCCACCCGCAGGUGUUACGCAGAGGCCUGUGGGCGCUUGGGCGGGCUCCGCGGCUCCAGGAGGCCCAGCUGGAGGUGGCGUGGAGGCGACACACUCAGGCCUUACUGGCCCAGAGCUUCCAGAAGUGGAGAAACCGGACUCUGCAGCAGAAGCAGAGGCAGCCGCACGUCCAGGCUGGGCCGGGACCCCCACCCUCUGGGGCAGGACAAGGCCAAGGCCCCUCAGGAAGGGAGCCAGGGGUGGACCCCACCAGGAGAAACAGUCCAGGGAGUCCGAGGGAGGAGGCAGGAGCCUGGCCAAAACCAGCUGGAGGCGAUGGGGUAGACCAGAUGCUGCAGGUCUUACAACAACUGGCCGUCUUCCUGUUGUGGUACCAUCAGAAGGACUGGGCCAGGCGGGAGAGGGGGUUCCAGGGAGAGGCCUCCCAGGUCACACCGAGGACUCAGAGGAGGGGGAGACGCCCCCAAGCCCGGUGCUCUCCUGCUGCAGAUGCACCCAGGGUGGCCUUGCCGGACACUCAGCAGCGGAGAGCCUGGCUCUGCAGGUGCUUUGGGGCCUGGCAGCAGUUUGUGCAAAGAGCCACCCGGUCCCGGGACCACCUGGCCCGUCGCCGGGCAGGGAGCCUGAAGUUAUGUCUGCAACAGUGGGUGCGGAUGAAGCAGCUACGGGCCUCAGAUGGAGCGAAGGUGAUCCGGCUGUCCCUCUGCCGCCAGAAGGCGGGGAAUGUGGCCCUCUGCAGCUCAGCGCCUGGAGCGGCUACAGCCCGUGGCCUGGGGGUAGUGGCUCAGGCCCAGGGGCUGCCCCAGGAGCAAGGCGGGGGCUCCCUGCAGGAAGCCUGCCGGAGACUGGCCCUGCACCGGGCACUGCUGCUCUGGAGGACGAGGCUCUCCCAGCGCCAGAGGGCGGACUCCUUCCUCCGGGGCAUGCGGCAGCAGAUGAUUCGGCGUAUCCUGAAGGGGUGGCAUUUGAAGGCGUGGGGUCCGAGCACCCCAUCAGACAGUGCCAGGACCACCUUGGCCCCGGAGCUCCUGAGCGGCAUCCCAGGAAGGGAGCCCUUGCUGGGCUGCAGCCCACCCCGAAGCUCACUAGAAAAGGCUUCCAGGGCCCCCGCCCUCUUGGAGACCCUCCGGCUGAGCUUUUUGUGGGCCUCUGGGCAGCGGCAGAAGGCACGGUGCCUUCUGCUCUGGCAGGUGCAGGCCCAGCAGUUCCGGGGUGCAGCAAAGUGGCACCAGUGUACUCUUCAGAGGCGCAUCCUCCUCGGCUGGAGCCACUGGGCCACGGCCCGAGGGGCCCGGAGAGAGCUGGCUGUUGGCUGGGCCUGGGAGCGGAGCUGCAGGGCCGCGCUGGGCUUGUGGCGGAGGCGGCUGGUGCAGGGGCGAGAGGUGGAGCAGUGGGUUCGGGCGCGGGGCCGCACACUGGUUCGACGCGCCCUGAACUGCUGGCAUUCCUCCUGGCAGAGGCAGCAGUUCCUGCAUGCAAAGUAUCAGAGGUGGGUGCAGGUCCAUCUCCGGGGCUUGAGGAGGUCCGUGUUCCAGAACUGGCGGCAGGCAGCAGCUCGUCGGAGACACCCAGUGGACCCCCCAGAGCAGCUUCUACUGCACAGCCACUUCCAGGCCUGGUGUGGAGCUGAGAGAGAUACAGGGGUGGUCCCGGCCACGGGAGCCUCUCAGGAUGGCCCGAGAAAGGCCGUGGGGGCCACAAUUGCCGUGUGGCAGGAUGCCCGAGCAGCCAAGGCCUGGGCGCAGGAGCAGUUUGUGGCCCGGGCCUCCGUGGCCCGCUGGAGAAGCCACGUGCAGCGGGGCUGGGCGGACAGGCAGCUGAGCAGGGCCCGGGCCCGGCAGGCCUUCGUAGCAUGGCAAGCAGCUCUGGGCCAGCGCCACAAGGCCCGCCGCCUGGCAGAAGGCAGAGUGGCCCUGUGCCGGACACAGCGGGUGCGUGAGUCCCGCCUACGCCGGGUCAGCCGAGCCCGUGCUGCCCAGAAGCUGAGCGCCAGUGUCCUAGAGGCCUGGGCCCAGUCAGCAGCCAGGGGCCGUGUCCAGCGAGCCACCAUCACCCAAUUCCAGCAGGCUGGGUCCAGACGCCUCCUGUGGACCCACUGGGCCCAGUGGCAGGCAGCGCUGCUCAGUAUGUGGUUGGAACCACAGGCGGAGGCCCAGGAGGCCCAUGCAGUUGACCUCAGGCAGUGGCCCAGGGUGGCCAGCAGAGGGCGCCUCCUAGCGCUGACCAACACUCCAGCCCCAUGGAAGCAGGCAGCAAAGAGCCCCCCCUCUGCCGUGCCUUCCCGCGCCGGUGGCAAUGGCCUGGAUGCCCCGGCCAGACCCAAGGCUGGCCCCCUACAAGACCAGGAGGGGACUGCAGCUCUGAGGCCGGAGCCCUCAAAGGCCAAGGCGAGGCGGCUAAGAGACAGCUGGGGUAAGAGCAGCUGCGCCUGCGCCUGCGCCUGUGAGAGGAAGUACCUGCAGCGCUGGCACCGGGAAGCGCCAAUUCGCCGGCUCCGGGGCCCCCAGCGGGCCAGGCACCUGGCCGCACCGGGGCAGCACCGGGUAGAUGCUCAGGGCGCCGAGCAGCCGGCACGGACGCUGGGCACCCUGCCCCCCCGCCGCCCCGUCACAGCCCCUUCCUCCUGGUGCUGCAGGGCGGUAGGGGGAAGACACAGCAGAGGGGCUGGGGGGCAGCAGCGGCCCGGCCGGGGCCUCUCACUUCCCACCCCCACAGCUGAGGCAGUGGCACCUGAAGUGGGCCUGGCGUGUGUGGCGGCGGCGGGCCCUGCAGCUAUGGGUGGCUCAGCGAUUACAGCAGCAAGAAAGCGACCGGGUCCUUUCCCAGGAACGAGGCUUGGCCACAGCAUGGCUGCCACUCACACUAGCCCAUGUUGGCCUUUCCUUCCUCCUCCCCGAUUCCAGGCCUUGGAGAAGUGGCGCCAGCACCUGGCAGCCAGGGGCCGGAAGAGAGGAGCCACCAGCGGCCUGAUACCCGAGCCAGGUGGGCAUCAGGAACCUGGGAGCAGGCUGGAAGCAGCUCGAGCCCGUGUGUGGGGACUUGAGGCGGAGCAGGGGACCCAGCUGCAGCUGUGACUUGUUCCCAUAGAAAGAAAAACAACACUGAGCCCAGCCUCCCUAAGGAAGGAACCAUGCUCCACCCAUCAGGGGAGUGCAGCCUGGUGACAGAGGGGCCAGCUCUCUGAGCUCUGAAGGACAAUAAAACACAGUCCUUAGUC